AGCUGCUGUAACCAAUGACGGACAACUGAUGUGCGCAGGUUUCGAAGAUUCUGCCGUGCGCUUGUGGAGUUUGACGAGAAAAAAAUUGGUCGUGAAUCGACGUGCUGGCGUCAACUGUCUGAUGUCAAUCUUAGCACUGAAAUGUCAGAUGUUGAUGACGAGAAAAACAUAUCCAGAGAUAUGCUGACAUUACGAGCUCAUAGUGGACCUGUGUAUGGCGUCUCGUUUUCAAAAGAUAACACGUUUUUGCUUUCUGCGUCAGAAGAUCUUUCAGUACGAUUAUGGACAAUGAAUUCUUAUACAAACAGAGUGUCGUACAUAGGACAUAAUUACCCAGUAUGGGAUGUUGAUCUUAAUAAUAUGGAUGUGUAUUUUGUGACUGCAUCCAUGGAUCAAACAUCGAGACUUUGGAAUCUGGAGUAUAAUUAUCCAUUGAGGAUAUUUGCUGGCCACGCUUCUAGUGUUGAUACUGUAAGGUUCCAUCCUAACUGUACAUACAUUGCCACAGCCUCAGCUGAUGAAACAUGUAGACUUUGGGAUGUGCAUACUGGAUCAUUUGUUCGUCUUUUUACUGGGCACAAAGGUUCUAUGUUUUGUCUCGCGUUUACUCCUGAUGGUAAAUAUCUUGUCGGAGCUGGAGAAGAUAGAAUUAUCCAUAUUUGGGACAUUUCUACUGGACAUAGAGUAAAACAGCUGAUUUCGCAUGCCCACACUUUAUACACAGUCGCUGUAAACUCUUCAAACUUGUUGGCAAGCUCUGGAGGUGAUGGCAAGGUAUGUUUUUGGAAUUUGAACGAAAUUUUGAAAAAAUCGCCAGAAGAAAAUGACAUUGGUUGUAUGAAACCCUCACAUACGUAUAGAAGCAAAUGUGAUAACAUAGUCACGUGUAAUUUCACCAAUGAAAAUUUGCUUUACGCUGUGGGGAACUAAAAUGUGUGUAUCAACAGUCAUAUACGACACUUAGUUUCUAUACACGUAAAGUCGGCCUUGAAAUCGGUAAAUGAAACACAAAAUGGCGGCGUUUCGUAUUUUUCUUUCGUAUCGUUAUUCUUCCACAUAACAUUUGGUCUGUUAAUAUACAAUAUGUCAGACUGCGCGCGGAAGAGACUGAGAACGAAAGGUAGACAUACUAUUUUUUGAGUAUCUAUUUUGUCUGAGUCAUUUACUAUCUUGACAAUCAAUCAUUAAUACCCACAAUGCAAUGGUGCACAUGGUCGAACUUGACCUUCGAUCAUUGGUACAUAUUUCACAAAUGCACAUGGUACAUUCAAGAGAAAGUAAAGUUUGAACGGAAAAGGGUCAGACAGCAUGCGUUUGAUUGGUGAAUUUCGCUGAUGCACAUGGUACAUUCAAGAGAAAGUAAAGUUUGAACGGAAAAGGGUCAGACAGCAUGCGUUUGAUUGGUGAAUUUCGCUGAUGCACAUGGUACAUUCAAGAGAAACUACAGUUUGAACGGAAGAGGGUCAGACAUCAUGCGUUUUAUUGGUAAAUUUUCUUUAUGCCACCGAAUCUAUUGGACGCUUUAGUUUGUCAUGUUUCUCCAUGUUGGCUAGUAAAUAUUUGAAUGUUACUUGGUGAGAGUUAGAAGACGUGAAAAAACUUGAGUUGGGUUGGCUGUAACACCGCAGAGAGAUUUGAACAUUUGUAAAGUGAUAUAUACUGUGUUCUGUGGUUUUAUAUAAUUUAAUUAAAUAUUACAAAUUGAA